AUGGCCACUACUACAAAUCUUAUAGAAGAGGACUACAUAGACAUGGAAAUAACCUCUUCAUCAUCUUCAUCUUUAUCUUCUUCUGACUUGUUUAGAUAUGCCUUUAACUCUCCACCACCACCACCAUCACCACCUCAACAAAGCAGCAAAGAGUUUGAGUUUCAAAUGUCCUCAUCAGAUUCUUAUUUCCCAGCUGAUGAGCUUUUCUACAAAGGAAAACUCCUUCCUCUCCAUCUCCCUCCUCGUUUACAAAUGGUUCAAAAGAUUAUCCAAAGCUCAAAUACAGAAGAAGAUGAUGAAGAAGAAGCCUUUGAAGACACCUUUACCAUAAUACCCUUCUCUUUUUCUUCUUCUUCUUCCACUGCUCCAUGUACAAACACAAGCACUCCAUUGGAGUCCUCACCAUCAGAGUCAUGUAGAGUCAGUUGUGAUCUAAAUCCAGAUGAGUAUCUCUCUCAAUGGGCAAAUGAAGUCAGAGUUUUCAUCAAUGGUGGUGGUGGUGGUAGGCUGCCAAAGAUCAAGUCAUGGUCUUGGAAGCUCAAGCAGUCUUCACUCGGUAGAAAGCUCAAGGCUUCAAGAGCUUUUCUCAAGUCCUUGUUUAAUAAUAAUAAUACUAAGUCAUCAGAAGAGUCUCCUACUCCUCCUACUACUACUACUACCAGUAGUUCUACAUGUAAUGAUUCCGUAAAAAAUGGAGACAAGAAUGGGAGAUACCAAAAGAUAUCUACUCUCAUGAAGAGCAUAGAGUAUGAAAUUAUGGCCGAGGCUGCUGCUGCUAGUGGUAACAAUAGUAAUAAUACUAGCCAUAGAAAGUCAUUUUCUGGUGUGAUUCAGAGGCAUUCUGGGGCUAAAUCUUUGUGUACAUCUACCUCUUCAUCAGGGUCUUCUUCUUCAUCAUCUUCAUCUUCCUUUUCAUUAAGCUCAAAUGGCUCUCAUGAUCUACAGUUUCUUAAGAGGAGUAGUAGCAGUGCAAACUCAGAGCUUGAGAGCUCCAUUCAAGGAGCCAUAGCUCACUGUAAGCAGUCAUCACAGCAACCGCUAUUUAGCGUUUCAUAUAGAUCAAAGACACUUACCCAAGAUGGGACUUUUCCAUGGUGUUCUUCAAGGAUUGCAGGUUGAUUGUUAUUAUUAUAGAAUGGGUGUUCUAUCAAUGUUAUGCUU